AUCUGUAUUUGUAACUUUAAAGGACACUGAAUUGUAUGAUCGGACAGAUGAAGCACAUCUUGGCUGCAGAGCAAAAGAAGACAGAUUUUAAACCAGAAGAUGAAAACAAUGUUUUGAUUCAAUAUACUAAUGCUUGUGUUAAAGUCUGUGGCUAUGUUAGAAAGCAGGUGGAAAAGAUUAGAAAUUCUAUGGAUGGCAAGAAUGUGGACACAGUUUUGAUGGAGCUUGGAGUUCGUUUUCAUCGACUUAUCUAUGAACACCUACAGCAGUAUUCCUACAGUUGCAUGGGAGGCAUGUUAGCUAUUUGUGACGUGGCUGAAUAUAGGAAGUGUGCCAAAGACUUCAAGAUUGCGCUGGUGUUACAGCUCUUUGAUACCUUGCAUGCACUUUGCAAUCUUCUGGUUGUAGCCCCGGAUAAUUUAAAGCAAGUUUGCUCAGGAGAACAACUUGCUAAUCUGGACAAGAACAUCCUUCACUCCUUUGUUCAGCUGCGUGUUGAUUAUAGGUCUGCUCGUCUUGCUCGUCACUUCAGCUGAGAGCAUGGAAAGAAAUGUUGUACCUUUGGGCAAGCCCUCAGCUGUUAGAAAGCACAGGGAAUGAUUUCUUACCAAACCAUGGUUGUAACUUUUGUGAGAUAAUGACUGUUCAGAAUAAAGCGGCAGCCAUAUUUAAACGUGACGAUAUAGAAAGCGAGCAGGUAAAAAUCUGAAUGAUAUUUCAUGUAAGCUGAAGUUCUCCUGGUGAAGAGUUUUGCAAAUCUACUUGCUACUGAUUUUUCUUUUUUUUUUAUUGGAAACAUGUCGGUGUAGGAAAGCAAGUGGUGCAUUGAAAGUAUUUUAGUCUUCAAUAUUGAAUUAUCAGAUACCAUUUGUUAGACUUGAACUACAGAGCAUAGCGUAGGUAAUGGAUUACAUAGAAUAGACCAGUGUAAAAACAUUCUCCAUCAAUUUUAAUGACUUAGACUUCAGCACAGCUAAUCAUAAUCAAAUUAUCUUUGAUUGGUGUUUCUAAGUAAUUUCUUUCAUUUAAAACGUUAUCCUGCUCAAUGUAAUUUCUUGCUCUAAUUAAUUAGCUUGGAAUUUCUUUAAGAUGUAGGAGUAAAAGCAACACUGUCCCAGAAAGAUGUAAUUUAUUCAUUGUGUAGGAUUCUAAACAGAACUAAAGUGGUGAAAAGUUUUGGGGUUUUUUUUGGUUCUUUGGCACCUAAUAGUCAAGGGCCCACCGGAACGUACUGGCAUUGUAUGAUCUGACAUUAUUGUUUCUGUUUGAUACCAGCACACUGAAUUUUAUAUACGCUCCUAAAGUAAAUGCAGCUGCCUUGCCUAAGGUGUUCUUAUUACACGGUGAAGGUGCCCAUUGUUGGGUUAAUACAAGAGACCUUUCUCCCGUCUCUUGUUUUGUAUGUAAAUAAAUCCAAAUUCUAACAAAGUGAAAGGGUAAAGCGUAGCCCAGUUUUUCACAUGUGGGAGAAAUGGACAGCAGCUCUAGCAAAAACCUCGAGUAGACAAUUCCUGUGCUGAAGAUAAUUGAUCCUCAGUGCCUGAGCAAUAGAAAAUGUUGAAGUGCGCAAAAGCUUCUCUUCCACUGAUCAUAAUUUUAAUAUUGGAGACAGGCUACUUUUGUGUCAGUUAUGUGCCAGCGUUUAUUCAAGGUGUUUCUGAGGUGGACCCACAGUGUGCAUAUAGUGAAUUGAAGCAGCAGUGGUGUUUGAAACAUCUGGGGUAGCUUUUCCACAAGCGGUUGAAAACUGUUGUAAAUAGACCUUUGUUCAGAGUGAGCUCUUGUGGAAAACAGACUGGAACUGCCGUGGUUUGUGUCUUCAAUCUGACUUACAUCAUCCCUGAACAAAUCAUCUGUAACACUUUAUUUCUACUGUGGGGUCAGCGUACGUUAUGGAAACUUCUUUCUCUCCCAUCUUCAGAGCAGCAUUUCUCUAGAUUUACUCUAUGGGUCGGUCAAAAAAAAUUAUUUUCCUCUUUUGUUAAUGAAUUCCCAGGUGUAGUCAAUAUUGACAGACUUGUGUGGAACUUCUCUUGGUUAGUUGAGGUUCUUCUGCUUCAUUUUAUAUUUAGCAGACCGUUAUUUCAGUAAACAAGAGAACGGAUGCCAGACUGCCUCAAAGUAUUUGGGGAGACUGGCUGCUCUGUUGAGCUGCGUAGCUCUAUUCCUUGGCCAUGGCAAAGCCACAAAGAGUUUUGGACGCUGGAGGAGGCACAUGCUUGUACUGCUGCCAUUUUUUUUCAAAAGCUCUGAUGUGAAUUCAGAUGAUACCUCUCUGUUACCUCUGUAACUGAAAGCCAACAAUUUUAAGGCUGUGGUUUUCUUAACCAGUGCAAAAUCUUUCUACAAAAAAGUGUCAAUUUGUAAACGCUUCAGAACAGUGAACAUCAUCUUAAGACUGCAGAUCACAGAAGUGCUUCAAAACUUGUUGUAUGAUUGUUGGAAUUAUUUUAAGGUUGUAUGAAAUAUAUUUACCAUAUUUCUUGCUUUAUUAGCUGUGUUUUCCAUGCAUAUGCUCAGUGCAGUAUUUUCAUUAUGCCUGUUAACAGGAGGCAGCAAAAAGUAGGUGAAUACUUAAACUUAGAUAUGUGAACUCUUCCUCAAUAAAAAGAAUUCGCUCCAGACACUUUUUUCAUUUCAUUUCCAUGUUCUUCAAAUAUCUUUAUAUGCAAUUGUAUAAGCCCUUCUAUUUAAAAAAAAAAAAAGAGAAUAAAAGUAAUUUUACUGAC